CUAGCGGUGGCCAGCCGCCUUCCCCUGUUGCCUGUUGGAUCCCUACACCACUGACCACUCGCCAGUUACUCACCACAUCCAUCCGCUAUAGGCUGUGGCGCCCUGUUCUCCCUCCGAUCCCACCGUACCGGUCUUCUUCCCUUCCCUGCAAAGCCCGCGGCUCUCCCGCUCCAACGCCCGCUUUCCUCCUCCAAAAGCGGCGCUGCUGCUAGCUAAGCUAGCUCUAGCUGAGCUGCUGCUGCUAGCCAGCCGCCUCCUGUCCCGCUGCGCACGCGAUCGAGCCCGGCCGCCUAGGCGAGCUAGGCGCCGCCAGUUAUUGCACCGGGGAUAUUGCUGCCUGAGUGGGCGGCGGAUAGCCGCGCUGCUACUCCUCCCUUCGUGCGUGUGAGGGGAGGAGUAAUUGUGGAGGAGCCAGGCACGCAAAAAGAACGCCCUCGCCUCCCGCCCGCGCCCUCACGUGAUUCAUACUCGCGGCCUCCUCCUCUGCCUCCUCGCCUCGCCUCUUCUCGCAACGCAACUAUAUCAAGCACCAAACACACCCAGCUCCUUCCUUAGCCGGCGCCUUCGUCGUCGUCCCUGCGGAGAGGCCGCGAGCAGGGAGAUGGUCGAGGCGGCGUCGACAGCGACCGUGGUGGUGCGGGAGUACGACAGCGCCCGCGACCGCGGCGGCGUGGAGGCGGUGGAGCGCGCGUGCGAGGUCGGGUCCAGCGGCGGCGGCAAGAUGUGCCUCUUCACCGACCUCCUCGGCGACCCGCUCUGCCGCAUUCGCCACUCACCGGCCUUCCUCAUGCUGGUCGCGGAGACAGCAACCGGCCCCAACAGCACGGAGAUCGCCGGCCUCGUCCGCGGCUGCGUCAAGACCGUCGUCUCCGGCACCACCCACGCCAAGGACCCCAUCUACACCAAGGUCGGCUACGUCCUCGGCCUCCGCGUCUCCCCGAGACACAGGAGGAAGGGGGUCGGGAAGAAGCUGGUGGACCGGAUGGAGGAGUGGUUCCGGCAAACGGGGGCGGAGUACGCGUACAUGGCGACGGAGCAGGACAACGAGGCGUCGGUGCGGCUCUUCACCGGCCGCUGCGGCUACGCCAAGUUCCGCACGCCGUCCGUGCUCGUGCACCCGGUGUUCGGCCACGCCCUCCGGCCCUCGCGGAGGGCGGCCAUCGUGUGGCUCGAGCCGCGGGAGGCCGAGCUGCUCUACCGCUGGCACUUCGCCGGCGUCGAGUUCUUCCCCGCCGACAUCGACGCCGUGCUGUCCAACGACCUGUCGCUCGGCACGUUCCUGGCCGUGCCGGCGGGGGCGCGGUUGGAGGGCGUGGAGGCGUUCCUGGCCGCGCCGCCGCCGUCGUGGGCCGUGCUGAGCGUGUGGAACUGCAUGGACGCCUUCCGCCUCGAGGUGCGCGGGGCGCCGCGCCUGAUGCGCGCCGCGGCGGGCGCGACGCGGCUGGUGGACCGCGCGGCGCCGUGGCUCGGGAUCCCCUCCAUCCCCAACCUCUUCGCACCGUUCGGGCUCUACUUCCUCUACGGCCUCGGUGGCGCCGGCGCCGACGCCCCCCGGCUCGCCCGCGCGCUGUGCCGCCACGCGCACAACAUGGCACGCGACGGCGGCUGCGGCGUCGUGGCCACCGAGGUCAGCGCUUGCGAGCCCGUCCGCGCCGGGGUGCCGCACUGGGCGCGGCUUGGCGCCGAGGACCUCUGGUGCAUCAAGCGGCUCGCAGACGGCUACAGCGCGGGGUCGCUCGGGGACUGGACCAAGGCGCCGGCCGGGCACUCCAUAUUCAUCGACCCGAGGGAGUUUUAGGCAGAUAUAAAUCAUAUGCUUAGGUCUCUAGUUUUUUUUCCCUCGCCCGUCGGAUGGCGUAGCUAGAGUGGCUUUCCAGCUCAACAUUUUGCGUUUUCAAACAUGUGCUGGUACGUUUAGGCGUAAUUUCUGCUAGAACCUUCGCUAGUUAACGUUUCCUUUGAUGUGAAUACAGCUGCUGUUCCAUCUACUUGGAUGGAAAUGGGAGCAGCUGCCUAGUUGUUACCGGUUCAUGUGGGACCAGAGUGGAGACCAGCCUUUUAGUACCUUCUCCUUUUGUGUCCUUUUCAGAGAACUAGAAAGGUUUGUUAGAUUUGCUUCUUUUGUUUCGAGGAUAUAUGCAUCGUUCCCCACAAAGUUUAGCUUA